UUCUCUCUCAGAAAGUCGAUUGCUGCCUCCCUCACACACACUUUCCUUCAGUUUGGAGGCUCGAGGAGUUGUUCGGCUUCGAUAAGUGCCGGAAUUUAAGACAACCAUGGCUGACCCAGCUAAAAAAUCAAAGAUCUCCUCCUCUCGAAAGCUGGGGUUGAAGAUCCGACUUUUGACAAUCGCUGCCCAGAUGCUGCAGGAGGAGACGGAGCAGAAAAUGAAGGAGAGAGAAGCUACUCUGGGAGAGCGAGUUCCUCCUCUCAAUCUGUCUGGUCAGUCUUUGCAAGACCUUCAGGAUAUUUGUAAAGACUUGCAUCACAAGAUUGAUGCUGUAGAUGAGGAGUGGUAUGAUAUCGGCCUCAAGGUGUCCAAAAACGAGGUAGAGAUACACAACAUGAACAUGAAGAUCAUUGAGAUACAGAGUAAGUUCAAGAAGCCGACUUUGAAGAGAGUGAAGAUCUCAGCUGAGGCCAUGCUGAGCGUUCUGCUGGGCUCCAAACACAAGGAGUCCAUCGACUUCAAGGCCAACCUCAAAACAGUCAAGAAGGAAGAGGAAAAGAAAGAGGAAGUUACUGACUGGCGUAAGAACGUGGAGGCCAUGUCUGGUAUGGAGGGCAGGAAGAAGCUGUUUGACGCCUCCGGCAACUAAAGAAACAUGUACUUUUGAUCAAGAGAUCAUCUUCUUAUAAUAAAUUCUUAACAUUACUUAACUGUCUUACCUAUAUUAUAUCAAUUUAUGAAUUGCAGGUAUAGGACAAAGACCCUUUAAACCAGGAUGGUCUUGCUUGUUGUAAUCUAACAGAAAUAAAGGAAAAGCAACAGAUAUUGUUUAUUUAAAGAGAAACUAGAAUUCAAGUGGUCUUUAAAUUAUGUUCAAAAUACAAUGUUCUAAGUACGCUGAUACUGAUUUCAACAUUUUUGUGUCAUUACCUGCUGUGUAUCAGUGAAGCAGUGACUGUUUGCAGGUCUCCUCUGCAGCCUUGAGGUGGAAGCAUAACUCUUUCAAACCAUCACUCUGAGUGUGGAGUGGAUCGGCAGUGUAAUAUGUUGACUGUGGAGAAACAUUGUUUGUCCCUCGUAAAUUAACAACUGCUGCUGUGUUAUCUGCUGUGAUAAAUUGCCAUCUAGCUUGUCGGAUAUUCAAGAUGUAUUACCU